AUGUUUGUGGCCGUUCUCCGCCUCAAACAGACAGCGGCAUCUGAUUUCAAGUGUUUCCAAGCUCCAGAACACUUCGACCUUCUGCUUCAGAAGGACGGUAAUCGUUUGGUGCCUGUAUCUACUGAAGCCGGACACUAUUUGAAAUUGGCUUUGAAGUCUGUUGCUAUGGUUGAUAGGUAAUUGUGUUUUACUGAUCGUAUUGUUUAUGUUAUUACUUUAAAAAUGUUUUGAAGGUCUGCACGAUGCUUAUUACUGUGCAGUAAUAAUGUUUAAAUAAUUUUAUUUAGUAUUUUGUUUUAUUAUUUGGCUAAAGAUAACAUUAUUCAAGUGCAUUAGCUCAACGUGCUGUGCCAGUCCCAAUGUGGCUCCACGGUCCCAGUUCAUCAUCGUCUCCACCCUCCAGACUUGUUUGUGCUCCCGUUUUGGAGGAGGUGACAAAGUUUAUGGAGACAGAGAAGUUCAAAUUCUACAAUUUGGCAGAACUUUUGAAUUUGUCGAUUAAUGGCGACAAGUUUCUGGACAGACAAACCAGUAUAUUCAUCGCCAGUUUGGGAGAGUAAGUGCUACAUUGUACCUAUCAAGAUGUUACUUUUUCUGUUAUUUUACAAUGCUUCUUUACGUUAUACAACUCUUAGGGCAGUGGGGAUGACGCUAUAUAUAAUAGUAAAAUUUUUUAACUGUGUGAUAUUGUUUACCUUUUCCAUUAAAUUUAUGACAUUAACGUGAUUUCAGGUGGCUGGAACAACAACAAUGUUCGAAUCCGGAGUUUCUGUCAGAUUUGUUCAGAAAAAGAGCAGCCAAAGACAGAAUACGAUGUUGUGUGCAUUCUCCUGCCUACUCUCAGAACUUCAAAACAGUAUGUAAAAAGUAAGGUUAAGGUAUUCUCUCUCAAUAUUACGGUGCUUUUUACAACUUUAUCAGAUGUUUUUUACGGUUUGGGUGGUUGGCAUUUAUGGUUCUGUAGUUUAAGAGGCAGCUUUGUUUUUAUUACAACAAUAUUAUUGUUACUUUCAUUGAUAUUAUGUUGAGUAUUAAAACAAAGUAAUGUAAAUAUUUGAAGAAAUGUAAUAUUAUUAACUAAAAUUUCAAUUUUACCAAAAACUACUUUCUUCAGACAGCUAAAACUCCACCGUCGUGAAGAUGCAGACGUCAGAAGAUGUGUAGAGUUGGACGAGGAAGUCGAGAAGGCCAACAAUGCCAGAGCCUUGAUGUUGUUAAAGGAGAAGUACGAAAAAGCAGUUAUCAACCCGGUAUUUGGAAUCCUGAAUGAAGCCAUGAAACGAACGGUAAGAGGCACAAAAAUACGUCAUCAUGACGUCAUUAUCACGAGACGUCACUUCUUGUCUGGGAAAACAGGCAAAUAAGUGUCAUUUCAUGAGUAGUGUGGUAAUCUUUGAAGUUUAUAUUACGUUAAAGGUGUAAAAUAGCUAGUCAUUGUUGUAUAGUAUUGGAAAGAUAAUGUAGAUAACCUUUGAAAGUCUAUAUAUUUUAAAAAACACUAUGUUAACCAGCAAUAUUGGUAUUAUGACCAUUUCUAACCCACCCUACUCCUUUUAUGGAAAUUUUUCCGAGAUUUUCUUGAGUGGAUUACGGUAAUCCCAUGCAUAUUCCUUUGUCUUUUGCCACUCGAUCAUCUCAAUAUCGCUCUUCAGGCACCCGUCUACUUCGUCAAGGAUCGCUCGGACAAGGCCGGUGAGUGUCAGGCUAGCGAUGCGACGGCCGAUCCCUUCGAGCAGAUGUUUCCACUGCAUUCGGCCGCCUACCACGGCGACCAUCUGCGUGUGCAGUAAGUUGAGAUGACAUUUCGAUACACAAACCAUGAAUAAUAUAAAAAAUUUUAUUUUUAUGGAAAACUUACAUAAACGGCAUUUUAGUUUUAAAAAAGGUUUUUUGUAAAAACUUUUCAAAUAUGACAGUUUCCAAUACGUUUAAAGAAAACAUAGAAAUCAAGUCAUCCCUGACCUUUUCAGAGAACUUCUGGACCAAGGCCACGAUCCGAAUCAAACAGAUUCAGAUUCCUGGACUCCUCUCCAUUACGGCACCUUCUACAACCAAUUCAAAGCCUGUGAAGUGUUGAUGCUCCACCCCCUAACAAACGUGAAUGCUGCCAACAAAACAGGUGCUACAGCUUUACACUUUGCAGCUCGAAACGGUCACCUAUACCUGGUAGAAGUGAUGCUCAGUCACAGCAAACUCAGGGUGAACAAGAAAGACAACCACGGCAAGACAGCUCUCGAAUAUUGCCUAGAAUUCUGUGAAACCAACCCCAAGUCCCAAUGGCACCACAUUGCCAAUCUUUUGCAUAACUUUUCGUUGCGACCUGAGAAGGUGGAGGUCAGCUUCAUUGGUCGAAACAGCCUUCAAGUCAAAUGCACACCUACUACAGCGACAGCGGGCCAGUUGAGGGACAGUGUGAUCAAGGAGGAAGGACUGAUCGCCAAAGCCGAAAAGGUAUUUGCCCUCUGGAUCGCUUCAGAAAGCCUGAGUAAGUUGUUUUCACAUUAACCAACACCAAGUUACUUCUAGAUUAUGUUUAUAAUACUGUUUAACUCUUAUUUUGCAAUUAGGAUGUAAACAAACUGAAUUACAAGUUUGAAUGCUCAUUUUACAAACAAAUUUAAAAAAAAUCUUUUUUUGAACCAAAAAAUGUUACCUAAAUUUGAAUCUAACAUAAAAAAAAGUAAAAUCGACCUUCAAACAUUCUAAAUUUCCAUAAUAAACAUAGUAUUUUAGGCCUCCAACUAAAAGCGGACAUGAAGAUCAAGACCCACAAAGAGAAAUGGCCUGAAUACCUCGUGAAGUGGGGCGACCUGCAGCAAACCUCGGGCGCGGCCGAGAAGCCUCGGCUUUAUUUCAAAAGAGAUGCUCGAACUCUUCUGGGCGAUGAAAGAGAUCUGGUAAGUAUUUGA